AUGAGAUCUCAGCUGAACCUGGACGUCAGCACGUCACCUAACUUCACUCAGAUAGGCAAUGGCAAUACCACGUCACUUCCGGACAUGCCCACCACACAGAUCACAGACUUUGCCUUUGUCAUCUACGUGGUGUUAUUGCCAGCAGUGGCAGUGCUCGGGAUGGUGGGCAAUGUCCUUACAAUGGUUGUCCUCUGGAGCAAACGUAUGCAGUCAACUACGACGUUGUUUCUCCGCGGUCUUGUGCUUACGGACGUCGGCGUCAUUGUGGUUCUAACUAUCGCUAUCACCCCACUAGCAGUGGGCAUGCACGGUAAGACACUUCCGGUUUAUGUUCACACCAUAUACCCGCACCUUUACGGACCUUUUGACUUCGUUGCGAUGUCUGUGCAGCAGUGUAAUGUUUGGAUCCUUGUGUCGGUGUCGGUGGAGCGUUACAUCGCAGUGUGUCACCCUCUGAAGGCUGCCUAUUAUCGUACACGCAGAAAGACCAUUAUCACUCUCGUGUUGCUUGCGGUCUCGUCCGCCGUGUACAACAUUCCGCGACUAUUCGGUACAGUGGCACUACCCAUCUCAUGUAACUUACCCGAGCUAGAACAGUUCACGUGUUAUGGCAUUGAUUUGACAGACCUUGGAAAAAACUUCUUCUACAAGGAUGUGUACAAAGUGUGGAUGUACGCCAUCGUCAUCUAUCUACUUCCGCUCAUCACAAUGUCAGUCAUUAAUGUCCUCAUUAUCCGGGAGCUAAUACGCAUGCGUUCCCGGCGGCGGGACCUGGCCACCUACUGUCACCAACAGAAGGAAGACAACGUGACACUGGUCCUAGUUCUCAUCAUGACGGUUUUCAUCCUCUGCCAGACGCUUGCGUUCUUCAAUCAAAUAGACGCUUUAUUUGACGACAAAACUGUUCAGGAAAACUACAUCGCAGUCAUCAGUUUCUUGUACGUUGUCAACUCGUCUGUGAAUUUCCUGAUCUAUGUGCUGGUAGGUAAAAAAUUCCGCCAUGUUUUGUUCGCCCUCUGUAGGCGAUAUCGACGGAGGUCAAAAUUCUGUCCCGCAAGGAACGGCUCCAGCCACAGUCUCGAGAACACCAUGAUAACAGAUUUCCCUCAAGCAGCGCUUUCCUGA